UGCGGUUUUAAUUUGCAUUUUUUUCUUUCAGCUCACGUAUUUAGGUUGGAAGCAUUCUGUUUUUUACAAUAAUGGCGUUUAAGUCAACAAUACUUUUCAACACUCUAUGUUUUCUUUUUAUUAUCGAAGCUGUAUGUGCAUUUAAUUUUAAAUCUCUUAUAUUUGGGGAGACAGAUCAAGAGAACAUGCCUUCAUCUACAUCUGCAACAUUUGGCACACCAGCUCCAGACUAUGUCAAAUCAACUAGAUCCGAUAUACCGUGUAAAGACUACAUUUGCGAAGACACUGGAGUUUGUGUUAAGAAACCUAUUGAUUGCCCUUGUCGUUCAAGUUUAGAUAAAAAAUGCAUGAUUGGUGACUGGUACAUUUGCAUUAACAACCACGAAUCGUGUGAGGGACUGUAAACCACCAUUACUAUUGAAAGUUGAUUUAAAGCCUAAUAAAUAGAGAUAUACAAAAAAUGAUAAAUUACGGUGCUCUCUUGUAUAUAUUGCGCUGUCUUUUUUUUUUUCUCCCUUCC